GUGUUGUUGUUUCUCGUAAAAAGGAUUGUCGAUGGGGUGCGUAGGUGCUGUUGGGUUGCAGAUUAAAGCAGUAGAUGCAAGCUAUAAAUGGAGGAUAGCAAGAGGUGGGCCAUCAGUAACGGGAUUAUUUUUAUUGCUACUGGUUAGCAGUAGAUGGCUGCUAGGUCUUUCUCAACCUCUUUGUUUAUGUCUGUUGUUUUUGUUUCUACCUUACUUUUCCAGUUUUCUUUUUUUCCUUUUUCUAUCGCCGUGCGUGGAGAGAGAGAGAGAGAAAAAUCUAUAGAGAGGAAGAAAG